GAGUGGCGCUGACGUUCAGAAACUUGGAAGAGGAGAUAAAGCCAAAGGGAAGCGGCCAGAGGGAGAGGAGACGACUGCUAGACGCCGACAGAGGUGUGUGCAUCGAAGCUCGUGUCCCAGCGAACCAAGGGGGUUGAGGAAUUUGCAAAGAGCGGAGCUCUGGAAAAAGAGACAGAGAAUAUUCUGCAAUCAUAUUCUCAUCGACUUCUUGCGAACCCGACGAGGAUUGUGAGGCUUCGGUUGUGAUUUGGCAAGAUGAGACUCCAGUUGAAGUAUUUGACCGGUGAGUCUUUGCAACUGGAUGUCGACCCUAACAUCCAGGUGUCGGCUCUCAAGGAGAAAAUAUACCAAGCAACUCAGGUGCCAGGUUUCCAACAGCGCCUGAUGGUGCAAAACGGGCAGCAGGUGGAGCUUCGGGACAACAGCCGGCUGAGGGACUAUAACCUCCCCCCUGACUCCACGGUCAUGCUGCUGAUCAAGAAGGAGGAACGCAUACAGAUAAUCCUCCGCAACGUCAAGGGGAAAAUGACAACGUACGACGUGCUGCCUUCUGAGUCCGUGCAGGAGUUUAAACAAAAAGUACAUAGGCAGGAAGGGGUCACGCCCGACCAACAGCACCUGACAUUUGAGAGCAACCAACUGGAAGAUGGCCGCUUGCUCUCAGAUUACAACAUCAGAUCUCAGUCCACCAUCCAGCUCGUGCUUCGUCUGCGCGGUGGUUUAUUUGCGCUCGACUGAACUAGAUUAAAACUGUUAAUUAUAUUUUGCAUUCCUAUUUUCUAAUACUUGAUUUAAAAGAGACCAGAGAUGAGUCGAUUUGUUCAAUGUUCGAUAUUGUUCACUUUGCUUCUUUCUGCUGCCUAUCUGCUUCAUUUGGUUUAGUCUAGAGAUACAGGGGGAAAGCAGGCCCUUCCACCUACUGAGUGCGUCGACCAACGAUCCCUGCACGCUAACGCCAUCCUACACACACUGAGGACAAUU